AUGGGUAGCACCGUUCAAAUACCCGGUCGCCAAUUCGUCCUCCGCACCCACCGACCGGAUGAUAUAGAAUGGAUCGUCCACAGGCACGGAAUUCUUUAUGAUCAAGAAUAUGGCUGGGACGAGCGGUUCAAGGCUCUAGUAGCCAGCAUCGCCGCAGACUUUAUCAAAGAAUACGAUCCCAAAUCAGAACGUUGUUGGAUUGCGGAGAAAGACGGCAAGCCCCUCGGAUGCAUCAUGCUCGUCAAAGACCGCCCAAGAGAAGAUACAGCCAAGCUUCGCUUGUUACUGGUGGAGCCGAGUGCGCGCGGCCUGGGUGUUGCUCGCGCACUAGUGCGGCAAUGCAAGACAUUCGCUGCAGAGGUCGGCUACGAGCGAAUCGUGCUGUGGACCAACCAAAUCUUGACAUCUGCUCGUCAACUAUAUACCUCCGAAGGAUUUAAAUGUGUACAGGAGGAAGAGCACGAGACGUUUGGGAUCAAGUUAAUGGGGGAGUUUUGGGAAUUGGACCUAAAAUCACAAGUGGCAUAG